AGUUAAACUUUGUCGUAGCAAAAUUAAAUCUUUGAUUUCAUCUCAAGGGACUCUCAGCCUGCUCUCCCUCCACGGCCUCUGUCUUUGUGCUGACCAACUUUUGCACUCACAACAACCAAGAACCAUGGCCCAGCAACAACAGAUUAGCCUCCCAGCCAAACUGAUUAAUGGAGGGUUUGCAGGCAUGGUAGGAGUCACCUGUGUGUUCCCAAUCGACCUGGCCAAGACCCGCCUGCAGAACCAACGCAGUGGGCAGCAACUAUACAAGAACAUGAUGGAUUGCCUAAUAAAGACAGUUAAAUCUGAAGGCUACUUUGGCAUGUACAGAGGUGCUGCAGUAAAUCUCACCCUGGUAACCCCUGAGAAGGCCAUCAAACUAGCUGCCAACGACUUCUUCCGCCACCAGUUGAGCAAAGAUGGUAAGUUGACGGUGCUGAAAGAGAUGUUGGCAGGAUGCUGUGCAGGAAUGUGCCAAGUCAUUGUCACCACACCUAUGGAGAUGCUGAAGAUCCAGCUUCAGGAUGCCGGCAGGCUAGCGGCCCAGCAGAGGGUGAUACCUAGCGUGGUAACGACUCUGAAGAUGGGGGGGACCAGUGCUGUUCUUAGCCGUUCCUACAACGCCAGCCCUGCACCUCAAGUCAUCCGUGUGUCAGCCAUGCAGAUCACCAGAGAGUUGCUGAGGACUAAAGGUGUCACAGCACUGUAUAGGGGACUCGCGGCCACAUUGAUGAGGGACAUCCCUUUCUCGGUCGUGUACUUCCCUCUUUUUGCACAUCUGCACCAGCUCGGCCAACAUUCAUCUGAAAAUCCAACUGUGCCCUUCUAUUGGUCCUUCAUGUCUGGAUGCUUGGCUGGAUCCAUUGCCGCUGUGGCUGUCAGCCCAUGCGACGUGGUCAAGACAAGGCUACAAUCACUCAAAAAAGGAGCUAACGAGGAAACCUACAAUGGAGUGGUGGACUGUGUCAGAAAGAUCAUGAGAAAGGAGGGUCCCAGAGCUUUCCUCAAGGGGGCCAGCUGCCGGGCGCUCGUCAUUGCCCCUCUCUUUGGCAUUGCCCAGGUUGUGUACUUUGUAGGAGUUGGAGAGUUCCUGCUGGGGUACACCCCGUACAACAUCUACUCUGCAUAAACAAGCUGUUUCCUAGCAUUUCUGCCGCCUCAUUAAAUUACAGGCAGCUAUGCCCUGGGCAUAGUCAUGGAUCCAGCUCUCUAUUACUGUGUAUCUUUCAUUUAUUGUUGGAGUUUUCAGAGUAAAACACUAAAGGGACCAGGGAGACGUCAUUUUAUUUCAAAGUGGUUUCAAAUGAUGCCUUUAGCAUGACUGUCUCGUACUUAAGGGACUCAGAUUGAAACAUUCGGGUCUAUGGGCUUCAGGGGAGCUUACUGCGAGAAAAGAGAGUUACUAUUCUCACUGAUCAUCAUUUCACCCAGAUAAGACUUGACUUCACUCCUGUGGCAGCAAACCUUUCUCUGUGGUUCAUAAGAUUUAGACCCUACCACUAAAUCCGUGUCUUAUCAUUUGCCCUUCACUGUAACCCUAACCUGCCUCUCCCUCCAACUCCCCCAUCUUGCCAAUCACUAUGUGAUGAGUGUUACAUGGUGUGGCAAAAGAGAACUUAGUGUGCCAGGGGGCAACUUCCGAAUAAUGACAAGAAAUCAAAACUUGACUUGAAUGGCUCCAAUCCUGUUUUAAAGGGUUAUAUGUAAAACUGCGCCAUGGAUGUUGAUCCCUGUUUAUGUAUAUAGUGUAGUUGUUUAUAAAGUUGAUUUGAUUCGGUAAAUAACUUUUUUUCACAAUGAUUGCCACAUGUUGCCCUUCAAACACCCUGGUUAGGAAAAGAUCUGGAAAACAUGGCUUACAAUGAAACAUUUAUCCGCCAUUUAAACAGGGAUUCUGUGUUUUACUGCUCUCUGUUAAAAAGACUGGUUUCCCGUGCUUCUAAAUUAUCUGUCCAUUCUCAUGAUCUACACUUCUCUGUAGUUGGUCACAAGGUGGUAGCUUACCAUAGAUACUUUCUGGUGUUUAUUUUUCAAAACACUUGUGCUUUAGGUGUUUGGGUUUUUUCCGGGCACUGUGAAUGUUUCUUAUGGCAGCCUACACAACUCUGAUUAUGUAACGUGUAAGUUUGAACUCUGCAGCUAAACAGCUCCACAAGGCUUUCUGCAGUGGAGACCCGCUUCUUUAUGGUGAGGGAGAUGUUGUUUUGAUGGAGGCUAACUAGAGUGAUGAUGGACAGGAGUUUAUUGAUGGGAUUCGCUGUGCUUUCGGGACCAAGUCUUCUGAAAAAGUGCAACAUAAUCCACACUUGGCCAUUUUCUUUUAGUUGACAGUGGUUGUCUGUAACUGGUCAGGAUUUCUUGUCAGUAAUUGACACACAAGCCUACUUCAAUGUAUCAUGUGAGGCAUUUAGAUGCAGAUCAGAGUGCUGCACUCUCUCUUCUGGAAAAUUCAGUGGGUCGAGGUGCUUUUAACAACUUUACCACUGUAAAUAUGUAUCCUAUAUAUUUUCAAAUUGUUGAAAGUGUUUCAACCAGCUGAGUACACUUGUAAAUACCGAUUUAUACGUGCUGAAUAAAUAUUAAUAAAUGCACUGUU